GAAUCUGAUAUCCACCCCUCUCAUUCAACAGUUUUCGUUUGUGCUUUGAAAUACCGCAUAACAAUAUUUUGUGACGUUGGUUAUACUGCAAAAAUGCAAUUGAACAUUUGAAAACAAAACACGCGUGCUGAGUUUCGCUUCUCUAUGUGCACAUCUUUUCCCUAGUGUUUCUCCUAACCUAAAAAUGGUUAUUUACAAUUGCUGUGCAAUUAGUUGUGGAAAUAACAGAACAAACAGGCCAGGCUUAAAGUUUUUUCGAUUACCAUGUAACAGUUCUGAGAGAAUGUGGGAAUGGAUUGUAAACUUAGGAAGAGUGGAUCUGCUGAGCAAAGACAUGAAUGAAUUAUGUUCAUAUAUUGUUUGUGCAGAGCAUUUUGAAAUGCAUUACUUUUUGAAUGAACAGAGGAGAAAACUUGUGCAUAAUGCUGUGCCAACUAUUUUUAAUCAUUACUCACAUGAUGGGGAUGUCCCGCUCAUCCUUGAAACUUUAAACAGGAUUCAGAAUGAGGCUGCAGCAUUGGAUGGUUGUGAUGAACACAUACAAGAACCAGCGCAGUGUAGCCAAAAAUUUCCAGAAGAAACAAAAUCUCUUGCUGUUAACUCACAACGUGGUGCAACCAAAUCAUACAAAUGUCAACUGUGCAAUGAGAUUUUCCUCAGUGCCCAUGAGUUGUUUUCACAUGAGCUCAAAAACCAUGAACAUGUUGGAACAUCACAAACUAACCAAAUUAAGAAACCGUCAUUACAGAUGCGAGGUCAGUGUGAGGAAAUUUUCAGUUCUAAGAAUGGUGUAUAUCAGACUGAGAUACAUGAUAGGAAUCCACGGGCAGAGGCUCUUAACAUGAGAAAUUCACAUAAGGAACAAACAGGCAUUUGCAACAUGGGACAGGAGCAAGAUGGAAAUGAACAAGCAGAACAGAAACCUGAGGAGCAAUAUAGAUGCAGGUUAUGUACAGAAAUUUUCAGUUCAUUGAGUGAUUCACUGCAACAUGAAAUUAAACAUGGCCGGGAAGUAGACGCUAAUACUGAUAAUGUUAAUAGCAAACAGGACACCACAGAGGAGCAUAUUAGUGUGUACAUGUGCCAUCUGUGCAAGAAAAUUUUCAGUUCAGAGACAGAUGUUUCGAUGCAUGAAAUUCGGAAACACGGCAGUGUCACUUCUGACCAGAAUGUAUAUGUUGUAUCUGAAGAAUUGUUUACUUCAGGAAGUGACUCUCAAGACCAUAACAAAGAGCCUGAAUUUUUACAGCAAGGUGAUGAUUAUUUUGAAUCCAGCAUAUCAAAGAAAGAGGAAGGAAGUGCAUCUGAAACAAUUAAGUUUCCUGAGCGAAUGACAUCAUCUACAUCUCAAGAGACGCCUUUACCAUAUAAAUGCCAUACUUGUGGCAAAUCUUUUGAAACAAAAUGUCACCUCUUUUAUCAUGAUCUUGAGGUCCAUGUUGGAAUCACAAAACCAGGAAAUGUACAAUCAACAACUUCUAAUGAAGGGGGAAUGAAGAGAAUAGCAAAGCGUACCCUUGAACAAAAGCCGAUGAAAGUGAAGGUAAAAGAAAAACAGAAAGUAGAUGCGCCUAAAGCGAAGCAACUAACAAUAAAGAAAAUAUGGAAAGCAGAUGCUCGAGAUAGGAUUAUUGAAAAAAUUAUUAUGAAAGAAAGAAUAAUAAAGGGAAAAGGAAUGAAAACUAAAGUGGAAGGUGAAAAACUUCAUGAACAUAUACAAAAGAAUAUUGAAGUUUUCACUGGAAAGAGCCCAUGGAAAGAAAAAUCAGAUGAAAUAGGGGGAGAAAAUAAAGUGGUUGUACAGAGUGGUCAGACACAACAAAGGACAUUUGUAAUAAUAAAGAAAGGAUCACAGAGUGGGGAAGGAAAUCAGAAGGUAUCAUUAGAUGUCAUUACAAAUUAUGUGCUCUCACAAUCACAAGUUAAGCAGUUUCUGAUGAAUGAUGGUGACUGGUAUAAAGAAUUAUGUAAAACCAUAUAGCUAUAUUACAUGUCUUAUACGUAAUUCCCCGAAUAUUCAGAGUUGAUUAGGUUGAAGCUUUCACAACUUAUUAAUGAAAGUUUAUUUUUAUAUUAAUGGAGUAUUCACAAGCUGUAUUCAUAAUAUUAAUUUGAAUAUAUGGGUUGAAUGCUCUAAGGUGGAAUUUAUGUAUGCUAUUUACUUACAGUAGCCUGAUAUUUCAUGUAUUUCUUGCCGUUUAUGGAUUAUCAGUCUCUACAGCCAUAAGUAACACCCAGCAGGUAUUGAAACACAAAACAUGUUAUUUUUCUUGCUAUUUAGGUACAUUCACAACUGCAAGUUGCAAAGUGUACCUGUUAGAUUUGCCAAAUCUGUCCACAUGUAACAGCUUGAAAACUGCUGAACAGACUUUAAUGAUAUUCCAUAUUGAGUUUACUUAAAUUUGUUGACACAUUCCACUUUUGAUUUAUAUCAGACUAGUCUAAAUUAUUUGGACAGUUCUGUGCAACGUGUCACUACAUUCAUACCUGGUGGAUAAAAAUGACCUGUACUACCUUAUAAAAGAAAAUCAGGUGACAUUAAUAGCAUCCAUUGUCCUUGAAAUUAACAUAAUUAUUUUUGGAACUCUGUAUAUAACUGUAGUCAAGCCAGAAUGGUGUUUGAGUACUUGUUUGAAUGCUGGGGCACUUCCCUGGCACUUAUUUUAGCCAUUUUUUAGAGAAUAGCUAUUAAUACCUAAUUCACUGUAAUGACAGAAGAAGGAAUUACUUCUAAGAUGUCAUAUAUAGCAACCGUGUACCUUCGCAUGAGUUAAAAUACAAAAGUUAGUAGAAUGGAGGAAGGAUGGAAGUAUAAAAUUAUAGGUUAGGAUACAUAAUUAUCAUAAACUUAUUAUCUAAAUAAAUUUUAAUUCUCAUUGACACAUCAAAACAAUCACACAACAACUCACACACACAUCCAAAUCUACAGCUAUUGCGUGAUCAUGCUUAUGCAAUUAUAUGCUUUUAUUUUUAGUGAUUUUCUUUUUUGUUUAUAAAGACAAAGAUUUUCUGUUUUAAUGAUGCCAUUUUUGUGGCACUUUCCAUGUGGGUAUUGCAUUAUAGAAAAAGUUGGCAAUACAAAGACAUAUGAUUCACUUUGAUUUGUAGAAAAGUUUGCUGUUACACUGCAGAAGAUAACAGGAUACAUACAUCUGCACAGCGAUAAACAACAACAAUGGGACAGCGUGUGUGUCUCAUUCUCUGUAUAAGACACUUAGUUAUGUCAUAUCAAUCUUGUUGCAUUCAAAUAAGAGACACGUCAUACACAAGGCUAGCCUGUCAAAAUAUACCAGGUCUUAUUGUAACAAAACUCUACCACAGCAUUGACAAUAACAUCUUCCUCCUUGUGACAGAUUCCAUGCCAUAUAUUCAAAAUAAAUUAUAAAUAUUUCCAAUUUUGUUAAUGCUUUUACUGUAACUGAUCCAUACAAAUUUUGAUUUAAAAUCAUAUUUGGUGGAAUGACAGGCAUUGCAGAAUGUACUUUUAUUAACAUGAUGCUGCAGUGUAUAUAUUUAAUAAUUUAUUCUUGAAAGCGCAUACUCUACUUUCAUAAAUAUGCAUAUAAUCAAAUGAUGUAGUAGAUAACACAUUUAUGUGAUUGCAGACUAUUUUUUUUAAGAAUGACUUUAGACUAUGACUGAAGCACAUUCACAGACCAUCAACUUUUCGUUUGUGGAUGAUAUAGUUUUAUUUUAGUUUUAUGUUUGCCUGGCAACCUUUUAUAAAUGUCAAGGGGAAAAAAAGAACAUGAUUUUGUCUGCUUCCUUAAUGGAUUUUUGGGUUUGAAUUGCACCAGAUGUUUAUGUUAUGUAUUAAAAUAUAAAUUCAUUGACUGUUCCUCAGUCCUGUUGUAUGAAACUCCAAAACUCUACUGGAGUUUUAAAGCAAAAUGAAUCUCACAGAAUUGACUAUGUUAUAGGUGAUGCAAUAUCAGUCAGAGCUGUCACCAACAAACCAUUUUGCAUCUUUAUACAAUUUUCAUGUGAAAUUUACUGCAGAAUUUACACUUUAGGAUACAACUAGUACUCGGCAAUAACUAUAAUGUUGCAUGAAAGCUGUCACAUGCUUUUAUGGUUAGUCAACUGUCAACUUAUCUCUUUUCUGUUUUGUCUAAAAUCAUACUUAUAACAUACCCAUUUUAUCUAGUAAAAUAAUGUACUGUAAAGUAAUUGCAUUCUGUUCUCAAAAAAUAUUGUCCUUCUUGUGGCCAUGUUGUUUGUAGAACAGACUAACUUGAUGCCAUGCUAGUGUCUCCUACUGACAGAAUGUUAAUGAGAGUUGCCACCAACAGAAUUAUUUCCAUAAUGGAGGAAAGAACUAAAGAUGAAUUCUCUAGUUAAUCCUAGAGCAGGUAUGAGCUUAAAAUCAAUUAUGUUACUGUCAUAGAUAUAUGAAACACAGUAUAACUAAUCUGUAAUAACAACUGUACACUAUUUGUAAAAUUAUUAAUUUGAAACAACAAGAAAGGUUAUCAAAUAACACACCAAAGCAAGUAUUCAAAUCCAUUAAUAUCUCAUUUGUCUCCUUGUAUCACUGUCUGAUGAGCCCACAUCCAGCAAAUGUUCUUCCCUACCUCAUAAUAUAUAACUUGAUGUAUUUGCAUAUAUUUUCUGUCUAAAGGUACUAUGGACAGCUAUCAUUGAAAGAUAAAGAAAUCUGUUCCAUAAUGAGAUUGUGAUAGAAGAAUGAUUUAUUUGCCUUAAAAAUGUAAUGUUAAUUUCUGAAACAAGUGUCAGUGGCUUUUAAAUUUAGUACCAUUAUCCUGCUCUAGAAUUUAAAAUUUCCAACAUCCAGUACUUCAACUCAGCAACAUGUAAAAGCUUCCACAAUGUACAUAAAUGAACACAUGGAGGAAACGUGUUAUGAAAAUACAAGAACCAAGACUUAAACUUUACAAUGUAUACAAGCACAUUUCUGUAUGAUUUAAAACACAGAUUUAUCACAAUGAACUUUAAUUCUUAAGCAUAUGUCUUAAGUUAAAGUUAUGAAACAUAUACUUAUUACCAUUACUGUUUCUGACUGCAUCUCUUAUAAUACAUACUUUGUUACAUGA